AUUAAUUAUUUUUAUGACCCCCUCCAUUUAUACCAAAACUAUAAAAAGACCCACCCCUUUGAAGCAUGUCAAAAUUGGCUGACCCACCCCCAAAUUCCUCCGGCCCACCCCCCAGCUAAAAAAUGAAUGCUCCCUAAAGGACCGGUCAUAGAGUAACUGCUAGGGUUGGCCGGAGUGAUUUGGGAUGGGCCAUGGAAAAUCUUUGGGCAGUUUCGAUGGGCCGCCAAUUUUUUUGUAUGUCCACGGUUGGGCCACCAACAAAAACCCAUGCAUGUCUACUUCAAAAAAUAAAGAUAUUAAUAAUAAAAGUAAACAAAACUAUCCUAAGUAUCAAAUACAAAUGAUGCUAUUGAAAAGCCAGUACUUUGAAGUGGUCGAAUCACAGCAAAUACAACCAACUGGAGAGCAACUCAGUAUCGUAACUGGUGAUGAAUGUGUUGGUCAAGCUUGGUGGAAUUAUGUAUGUCAAUACAGUGCCGGUGUAUAUUUACAAUGUUCAUACCUGCAAGUUGUUUUUUAUUAUAAAAGGGUAUUUUCCCAAUUUAGAUUGGGUGGCCGUGGGUGGGUCAUGAAAUAAAUUUGGUAAGAUUAGAUGGCCUUUGAAAUUUUUAUCUACAUCCUAAGAUGGGUUACCAAACUUAUUGGCAAAAUUUGUGAUUUACCUCCAGCCCACCCUAUAGCAAUUACUUUAUGACCAGUCCCUAAGUGAAAGUGAGGUUUAUUGUUUGUCCAGGACUAAAUGCUCGUAUGUUAAAUGGAGAAUCAGAAUAAUGUAUAAAAAGUGAACCGGAAAUGUUGUUUUUAUGGUGAAGUGGAAAACAGACUUAAGUUGUCGACGUCUUGCUGCUGUUAUUGGCAAGCAAGUUAAUUUUGCCUUGGAAAUAAGUAUGAAUGACACAAAUUAUUUAAUAUCUUCACAACAUUUAGUAAUUUCUGUCACUCAGACUUAUUUCCGAGCUAAACUGAACUAAAGUUAGUAAAGUUCACCUAGUCUCCUACGCACAACAUGCUGCGUAGGAGACUAAAGUUCACCCUACUAUGUGCGACUUGUCUGUUUAUUUUGGCAUGGGGGUCUUGGGGGAUUUAAGAAAUUAGAUUUCGCAAUCGUAGGAAAUGACAUAGCAUUUGACCUUUUGUUACCUAAGCUUUGCACAAUAAUAGACUAAAAAUAAACAUAUUUGAUUUCAUCUUUUAGGGUGUUUAAUGUUUAUGUCCGUUGUUUGCAAGGCAAUGCUUCAGCUGAGAAUGUCAGAUGUAUGGCACGGUUGCACAACUCCUACUUCGUCAAGCGUUGAGCAUUAUAAAAAUGUAAGUAUAGCUGUAUAGGUUAUUAUUCAAGUUGAUACCAUCAUAAAUAAUUAUAUAGAAUUCUUCAAACGAUUGGUGCACAUUUUGCUGAAAUUAAGUACUAUUUAAAACACGAGUAGGAGUGUUUUAUCAGAUAUACUGUAUAACACGAGGCGCAGCCUAGCGUGUAUAUCUGAUAAAACACGACAACGAGUGUUUUGAAUAGCUUAAAAUACGCUACAAAAGAAUACUAAUUAGGAUGAACCAUAGUAUAAUCAUACUAAUUAAGAUGAACAAUUAUAUAAUGCCACAUGUGUUUUAUCAGAUAAAAAGUCACUCCACGUGACAUAUUAUGGCUGACAUGAUUUGCCACAAGGUUUAUGAAUUAUUAAUGAGUAUUUUAAUUAUGUUAAUAAUAUUUCCUUAGGGAGACCAUUUCUUCUCAACCAGUUGUCAUGUACUCGGCUGGGCCUAUCACUGACCUUUUUCCAGUUUCUGAGAAAGCCAAAGAACUGCUGGCCAAGACAAAAGUAUUCUUGAAAGAGAAUGUGCUUCCUGGCGAGAAGGUUUAUACAAAACUCUCAUGCUUUAUAAUUGGAUGUAGCCCGUGUUAUAACAAUCAUUGAUCGUUUGAUAUAUUUGUGGUUUAGGAAUACUUUGAAUUUGUGUGUCCAAAGACAAAGAUGCUUCGCAAACUCCACCGAUUCUUGCAUCAUUAAAGGUAAGGAAAUGAUGUAAAUGAUGUUUACAAGCAGAACUUCGACGCUUCGAGCGAAGGCUCUUCGUCGAGAAGUUAUAAUACCAUGAAACGCAGGGGCGGAUCUAGUCUCAUCUGCAAGGAGAGGUGCACGUUCUCCAUGGGGUGGUGCAUGAGGGAGCCUUACUGCCCACUCUCCUGUGCAGUCUGCAACGCUACUAUCCCAACAUUUCCAUUAUUUGGGAUGGCCGAAUCCUGCGAACAUUCGCCAUUCUGUUACGUUUUAUAUUAUCUUGUUUUGCGUACUAAUAACAGACAAGUAUAUUUUAGGGCACAUGGCAUCGUCGCAACACUUAUGUCUGGUGCCCAAUUUUUCUUGUUCAAAGUUUUGAACGAGCUUUAUGCUCCUGGACGUAACGUGUUUAAAUAAAUUAUUCAUUCUUUCACUCGUUCGUUCGUUCAUUCAUUCAUUCGUUCGUUCAUUCAUUCAUUCAUUCAUAUAAUAGUUACGUUUUUGGCUGAUCUAAAUUGUGAAACUGGUGGCUAAACGUAAUUGUAAAAACUGCGUAUAACGUUCGGAUUUUUUAUUAAAUUGCGGGGAAAUGCUGGUUGCAGUCCACUCGUAUAUGCAAAGCAUUGAAUUUUUCUUCUGAAUUUUUUUACCAGGUUGUAAAGAAUCCGCCUUCCUGUACGCAAUAACAGCGGCAGGCGUGGCUCACUCUGUCACGAAGGCGUGCAGUUCUGGGAUGUAUUCGAGUUGCGGCUGUGAUAGAUCGCUAACCGGACGCCCUUCUGGGGACUGGGCAUGGCGUGGUUGUCAUAGCAACGUGAAGUUUGCCGGGGUGUUGACGAAGGAAUUUUCAAGCGCCCGCGUUUCGAAGACUGGGCAUGUUGAGCGGAAGAAAAUGAACAGACAUAAUAUUCGUGUUGGGAUAAAGGUAUAGGUGCUUCGUCGCCUACACGCGUAAAAAUCUCGCAUCUUGUAGCAAGUUUGCCAACAAGCCGUCAACAAGUUGUGUUCGCACUGCUUGUCCCAAGUUGUCAACAAGUUUGGAACAAGCUGUUAACAACUUGUAACAACCUUGUUGAUAUUAUCAGAAUUGUUGCCAGGUUGUUCCAGCAAGUCCGAUACAGUCAUGAUAUAACAAUAUUGUUAGUACAACCUUGUGUUGUCAACCUUGUAACAUUCUCGUUAUAUCAUGACUGUAUCAGACUUGUUAGAACAACCUUGUAACAAGUCGGAUAAUGUCAUCAAACUUGUUACAAGUUGUUAAUAGCUUGUUCCAAACUUGUUCCAACAACUGGGAACAAGCAGUGCGACCAUAACUUGUCGACAACUUGUGAACAGAUUUGUAACAACUCGUUUGCAGACCUGUUACGUGUGCACAUGGGUUUUACUAAGGCAAUCAUAAUGAGAAAAGUGGGAAGGUUGGGUUGGGUUGGGUUGGGUAAUAAACUCUAUUGUCAUUUCCAAACCAAGAAAUCAAUCCAAGUCACUAUCUUCAUAAUUUUCGAUUUGUCAGGAGGCAAAUGGUGUCUCCAAAGAAAGUACAUGUGCAGACAACAUGAAACUUAGUUUGCAGAUAACUGCACAUGCAGUUAUCAAAUGUCACAGAAGUUGUAAAGGACAUCUGUCACAACAGAAUGGUAUCCUUUUGUAAAGUUUUUGGCCAAGGAUGGAUAUUUAUUUUUUAAUUGAUAUUUGAAGUAGAGGACAACAUUUUUUUGACUUUUUAAUGGUUGGAUCAGCACAAUUUUUGCCAAGAAAAACAUUUCUCAAUUUUCAAUGCUGUUUUUUUUCAGGCGUUAUCGCAGCUUCUGUAUAGAAAAUGCAAGUGUCAUGGUGUUUGUGGUUCUUGCGAGUUAAAAACGUGCUGGAUGCAACAUCCUACAGAAUUUGAAAAUGUAGGGAAACGUCUUUUAACGAAAUACAAAACCGCCAUUGAAAUGGUAAAGACCAAACGAGGCCCAAGUGUCUUGCGUAUGAAGGACAAAAGCUCGCAAAAACCUAAUCCGGACGAUCUCAUCCAUUUCCGAUCAUCCCCGAACUUUUGCGAUGUGAAUACGAGGCUAAGGACCCCCGGGACAUCAGGUCGUGUUUGUAAUGUCACCUCAUCUGGUAUUGAUGGUUGUGGUAUUUUGUGCUGUGGACGGGGGUACAAUAUUCAAGUCCUUACAGAAAUGGUCAAGUGUAACUGUCGUUUUUUCUGGUGUUGUCAUAUAAAGUGUGAUACGUGUAAAAACACGCGGGAAAUAUAUACCUGCAAAUAAGGCGGUUGUAUAACUGGCUGCCUGUGUGCGGGCUGUCUGAAGAAGAGAAGUCUCGCAGUGUUGAAUGACUGCUCGUAUGACGUGAAUCAUUAGUCCGUCAUCUAGUACAAAUGGCGAGACAACUAACAUGCCUAUAGGUUGUACAUUAUGUAAAUGGUAUGAAAAUUUCUGUAUAGUUAGGUCGCCUGAGUAAUUUCACAUUUUAUUUAUUAAAAUCCAUUACCUGGCGGUAAGCCCCGAUCAACUAGUAUGAGAGUCAAGUCUUCGAAAAAAACUCUCAUAUAUUCCGAAUAACAGUUCAUUUUAAAACCCAAAGUUUGAGAAAGACAAGAGGAGACAAGAUUCAACAAUAAUAUUUCGAAUUUACAGAAGAAUUUGCAAUAAUAUAACUGUCAAAUCUUUGUCCCCCCUUAUGUUUCUCAAAUGUUGAGUUUCAAGGUGGAAUUUUUAUUCGGAUUUUUUCCCCAAAUUUACGGCCAUUUGCUUUUUUUGUGGCUAUAAGAUAAAUUGACAACCUCAUUUCCAGGCUUUUCCCCGACUAUAUCUUUGAAAGAAUCUUUCUCAUUGCAUUCUUGCUUCAACGGUUUGAUAAUUGAUACCAAGUUUUUGUUAACUUGAUAUGACAACUGAAUGAAACUAAAACAAUUUAUAAUUUGGCAUUAGGGCCAGUAAUCUUUGUGCACUAUGGCUGUUGAACAGCUUUAUUUUACUUAUGUAAUAUGUGUUCAAUUAUUGAGUUUCAGUACAGUACGCAAAUUACACCUAUAUAAGAGAAAGGAAAUUACCAAGUAUAAAACUGCGAAUAACUUCAGCCUUUUGACUACCAUAUAUGUUGCACGAUAAUGCUAGUGAAACUCACCUGUAUAGGCUUUGAUGGGUAAUGUAUUUAUAUCAUGUAAUUAUAACCGUGCAUAGUUUUGAUUAGAUUUCAG